AUGACAAAAAAAAAUAAUCAAAUAAAAAUUACUGUUUAUGGCUAUGAUGUAGCAACUACCGAAGAAGCUACCAAAAUAGUUGGUGAAAAACUUUCUCAACUCAAAUUAAAUUUUGCUGGUCUGGUUCCUCUACCAACCAAAAGAAAGGUUAUUACUGUUCCGAUUUCUCCCCACAAACACAAAAGUUCUCAAGAACAAUUUGUUCAACUAAUUCAUCAGCGGGUAAUUUAUAUUGAGAGCGUUUCCUCCACUGAUUUAGAAUCCUUGGAAAAGUUAAAAGUUCCGAGUACUGCCCACCUAAAAGUACUAGUCCCAAUUCGAAACUUUUGCCGAUUAGUGGCAAAACUCCUUCGGGUAGCUCGCAUCGAAAAAGAACGAUUAUUUCCGACUAGCGAGAAAAACUUAGAGAAAACUAAUAGGCGAUUAAUUAUUGAGCGAGAAAAAAUUGAAUUGAAGGAGAAAAAACUACAGCAAGAGGAAAAGAGAACAAGUGAGUUCGCUAAUCAAUUAUUCCGCAAGGAGGAAUUAUUUACCCAACAACUGGCAGUAAGUUCAAAAAAGGAAAGGGAUGUUCGGGAGGAGAUGGAAAAAAUUGAUCAAAUAAAAAAGCAGGUAAUGAAUGAGUUAGGAAAAAUAAUUCCAAUGAGCAAAGAAGAAGCGAAAAAAAGUCUCUUUGCUUUGCUAAAAGAAGAGGUUGAUAGAGAAUUAGAAAGGUAUAAAGAAGAAAAAGUUAGUUGGGUAGAAAAAGAAGUAAAAGAAAAAAGUAGUAAUUUAAUUUGUCUAGCCUUAGAAAAAUGUAGUUCGGAACUAGUGCUUACCAAAACAACUGAUACUUUGUUGGUGGAAAGUCCACAAAUAAUUAGUAAAAUAAUUGGGAGAGAAGGACGAAAUAUUAAUGCUUUUCAGCGAGUUACUGGCACUGAACUAAUUAUUGACCGUGAAAGUGAUGAACAAAGCGUUCAAAUUUCUUCUUUUAACUCUUUGCGCCGAGCGAUAGGUUUACAAACUCUCCGCACUUUGAUUAAAGAAGCCAGAUUUUCCCCUCUCCAAAUUGAAAAGACUUAUCAAAAAGUAAGUUCAGAAAUUGAUGAACUUAUUGUUAAGACCGGGAUGGAGGUUUUGCAAGAACUAGAAUUAAAUAAUGUUCAUCCCGAAUUGGUUAAACAUUUAGGAAAAUUAAAGUAUCGCACUAGUUAUGGACAAAAUGUGUUGGGACAUUGUUUAGAGGUGGCCAAAUUAGCAGGAAGUAUUGCGGCCGAGUUGGGCUUGGAUGUUUUCUUGGCACGGCGAGCUGGUCUAUUUCAUGAUAUUGGUAAAGCAGUGGAGGACAAUGGAAAUUACUCCCAUGUUUUGAGUGGCAUCAAUUUAGCUAAAAAGCAUCAAGAACCCGAAGUAGUUAUUAAUGCCAUUGCUUCUCAUCAUCGAGAUUUCCCGCCCAAUAAUCUUUAUUCUUUAAUUAUUUUGGCGGCUGAUAGGUUAUCGGCAGCUCGUCCUGGUGCUCGCGGUCAGCAGUCAGAAUCUUAUGUGGAACGGAUGAAUGAUUUAGAAAAUAUUGCUAAUGAGUUUCCCGGUAUUAAAAAAAGUUAUGCUUUUCAAGCUGGGCGAGAAAUCUGGGUAUUUGCUGAUUCGGAAAAACUAAACGACCAUAAAACCUGA